AUGUAUACCAGUAAUAAUCAACAAACAUUAAAAACUCGAAUUCAAGAUGCUCAAGGUUGUUGGCAUGAAUUAAUUUCACCAACACAAAGAAGACGAAUAAGUCGUCAACAACAAAAAAUAAAUAAUAAUAAUAAUAAUAAUAAUAAUAAUACAAAUCAUAUGGAACAAGAUGUCAUUCUUACCAAUGGUGACAAUUACGAUUCAGAAGGGAAAAAACAAGUACGGAUUCAAACAUGUUCAGAAAAUAAUAAUAAUCAACAAGAAAUAAGAUUAGGAAAUAAACGUAAACACCAAGAAUUAAAUAAAGAUGAUAUUAAUUUUAAUCGAUCAUUUAGUCAAUUAUCAAUAUCUCAAAGAAAUUCAAAGAAGAAAAAGACGACAACAACGACGACAAGAAAUAAUCAAUCAAAUAAUGAAUUAUCAAAUAUAGUAAGUGAUAAUAACAAACAACAAAAUAAGAAAGAAGAAGAAGAAGACGAAGAAAAUAAUGAAUCAUUACUAAAUAAUUAUAUACAACGAUUUAAACCACAAUAUUUAAAAGUUCCUGAUCAAAUAUUUGAACGAAUGUCAUCGAAUGCCAUUCUUAAUGGUGAUAAAAUUGUUCAAUGUUUGGAUACAAAUGAAAAGCUUCAUUUUGUUCGUCAAAUGACUGAAGUAACAAAUCAUUUACAGUAUAUAGAUUUACAACGACAUUUAUGGCAAGAUUAUUUUAAUCUUAACACAAUUGAAAAACGUCAAAAAACAAUUCAACAUCAAUUAAAACGAACAAUCAACGAAUUACAACAAUAUUUAAUAAAAUUAGAACAAAAUGCACAACGAUGCCAACCAUCCUUUGAUUCAAAUAUUUUAUCACAUGCAAUUAAUGAAUGUGUUAAAAAAGAUUCAAAUGAUCGUCAUUUAAUCACAAAAUUUUAUCAAUUACAACCAACUGAAGAACAGAUACAACUAGCAAAACAAAUAUGGCAAACAAUAGCAAGUAUAUUAAAAACAAAAGCACAAGAAGAAAUCAUUCGUAAAAGAAUUUUCUUACGACGAUUACCAAGUGCAUAUGAUAAAACGAUUAAUCGAUCCAUGGACUAUGUUCAACCGAUGCUUUCAAACCAAGUUCUUGAUAAAGAUCGACGUGCUAGUUUAAUAUCAAGUUAUUCAAAAACAAUUACACAAUAUAAAUUUGAUUUAAUGACUUUAAAUCUUGAUACUAUUCAAAACAUAAUACGUGGUCAUCAACAACUACUUUUGGAUUUACAAAAUAAAUUGGCACCGUGUUGCAGUGAAUUAUUGAUUCAAGCAAUUGAAAAUCGUCGACAAACAAUGGAAAAACAUCAUGAAUUAUAUCUUAAACAUAAAUUGCAUACUUUUUUCGAUGAAGCUCCGACGACUUUAAACAAAUGA